CUGACGCGGCUUAAGCGCCGAUGCUUCAGACAGAACAGUUUCAUACGUGUCAGUGUCUGUUUGCUGUUGGACGAGAGAACGGCUCGUGGACAUAGAAACUAUGGCACCAAAGGGCAGCAGCAAGCAGCAAUCCGAAGAAGAUCUGCUUCUGCAGGAUUUCAGCAGAAACCUCUCGGCCAAGUCUACUGCGCUUUUCUACGGCAAUGCCCUGAUCGUCUCAGCAAUUCCCAUUUGGCUGUUCUGGCGGAUCUGGCACAUGGAUCUGGUCCAGUCUGCGGUACUGUACGCCGUUAUGACUCUCGUUAGCACUUACCUGGUCGCCUUCGCAUACAAGAACGUCAAAUUCGUUCUCAAACACAAAGUUGCCCAGAAACGUGAGGAUGCUGUCUCUAAGGAGGUGACCCGCAAACUGUCUGAGGCUGACAACCGCAAGAUGUCCCGUAAAGAGAAAGAUGAGAGGAUCCUGUGGAAGAAGAAUGAGGUUGCUGACUACGAGGCCACCACCUUCUCCAUCUUUUACAACAACACGCUGUUCCUCGUCCUGGUCAUCAUCGCCUCUUUCUUCCUGCUCAAGAACUUCAACCCUACAGUGAACUACAUCUUGUCCAUCAGUGCCUCCUCAGGACUCAUUGCCCUGCUCUCCACUGGCUCCAAAUAAGACCCACAGGGAUUUGGAAGAGGACCAAGAAAGGGAGAGAGUGUGUUUAGGGGAAGCAUUAUGUGGGAUUUUUUUCGUAUUAUUUUUGGGGGUGAAUAAAGACAGUAUACUUACCAUUUCAUUUGAGGACUCAUGAAAUUCAUGAUCACCAAAAUGUCAGGAGGUCAUUUCAGAUCUCUGCCUGUCUCCCUCUCUCUCUCUCUUUUUUUUUUUUAAACCAAUAAAUGACAGCUGGCCGAACAGGUGUAUUUCAUGGGUCAUGUCUCCACCUGUUUGUUAAACUGCA